AUGGUCCACUCAUGGUUAGAAUUGGCAUCCGUUAUUCCAUUCCAUUUCGUCUGCGCUUGCCCAAAAGGGUUUGAACCAGACAAAGCAAGAGUUCUAAAGGUAGAACAAGCUGGAUUAAGUAAGAUAGAGAUCGUAAAUGAUGCUAAAGAAGCUAUAAUAGGAGCUGAUGUUGUGUGCUCAGACGUAUGGGCCAGUAUGGGGCAAAAGGAUGAAGCUGAAUACCGCCUUAAAGCAUUCCAAGGAUUCCACGUGGAUGAAGCUCUUAUGAAGUUGGCUGGACCAAAAGCCUAUUUCAUGCAUUGUUUGCCUGCAGAAAGAGGAGUGGAGGUGACUAAUGGAGUCGUGGAGGCUCCUUAUUCCAUUGUCUUCCCAGGCGGAGAAUCGCAUGCAUGA